AUGCAUCUUUCAUCAUCAGGCAAUAAAAACAACUACUCCCAAAUAAAAAAGAAACGUAAUCAUAAACGUGAAAACCUCUUCAAAGAAACCUUAACUGAUGAUGAUAUUUAUCAUGUCAAAGAUUUCAGCUGUGGUCCAUUGCACUAUAAAACAUUUUAUUUCGAUGAAAAUAAUAAUGCUUUAUAUGUGGGUGCCAUGGAUCGUAUAUUUCGUUUAAAUCUACAGAAUAUAAGCCAAUCAAUAUGUGAGCGUGAUGUACUCAUACUAGAGCCAUCGGGUUCAGAUAUUUUAAGCUGUGUGUCCAAAGGAAAACAUGAGAAGGUGGAAUGCCGUAAUCACAUACGUGUUAUACAACCUAUGGACUCUGGAACACGUCUUUAUGUUUGCGGUACAAACGCCCACAAUCCCAAGGACUACGUGAUAAAUGCAAACUUAACACAUUUACCCAGAUCUGAGUACGUGCCCGGCAUCGGCUUAGGCAUUGGCAAAUGUCCUUAUGAUCCUGCUGAUAAUUCAACGGCGGUUUAUGUAGAGAAGGGCAAUCCCUAUGGCUUGCCGGCAUUGUAUUCCGGCACAAAUGCCGAAUUCACCAAAGCUGAUUCAGUUAUUUUCCGUUCAGAUUUAUACAACAUGACAUCCGGCCGCAAGGAGCAUAAUUUUAAACGAACUGUUAAAUAUGAUUCCAAAUGGUUGGACAAACCCAACUUUGUAGGCUCCUUUGACAUUGGUGACUAUGUGUAUUUCUUCUUUCGCGAACAUGCUGUGGAAUAUAUCAAUUGUGGCAAGGCAAUUUAUUCACGUAUUGCACGUGUGUGUAAAAAUGAUCGUGGUGGCAAAUAUAUGACCGGACAAAAUUGGGCAACAUAUUUGAAGGCACGCAUCAAUUGCAGUAUAUCAAGUGAAUUUCCCUUCUAUUUCAAUGAAAUACAAUCAGUCUAUAAGAUGCCACAUGAUGAUACAAAAUUCUAUGCAACCUUUACAACAAACACUCACGGCAUAGUGGGCUCAGCUGUCUGUAGUUACGAUAUACGCGACAUAAAUGCCGCUUUUGAAGGUAAAUUUAAAGAACAGGCAACAUCCAAUUCUGCCUGGUUGCCGGUUUUAAAUUCUAAAGUUCCUGAGCCACGUCCCGGUACUUGUGUAAAUGAUACAUCUGCUUUGCCCGAUAUGGUGUUGAAUUUUAUACGUAAACAUCCCUUAAUGGAUAAAGCUAUCGAUCAUGAAUUUGGCAAUCCAGUAUUUUAUAAACGUGAUAUUAUCUUGACCAAAUUGGUUGUGGACAAAAUACGCAUUGACAAACUGAAUCAAGAAUAUUUAGUGUAUUUUAUUGGCACAGCCGCUGGUAAUAUUUAUAAAAUCGUACAAUUUAUACGUUAUGGUCGGCGUCAUUCGAAUCUUUUGGAUAUCUUGGAAGUAUCGAACAAUGAGCCAAUACGUGAAAUGGGCAUAAGUCAAAAGACCGGUUCAUUGUAUUUGGCUACAGAUCAUGUGGUAAAACAAAUCGAUUUGGCAAUGUGUGUAAGACGUUAUGAUUCGUGUUUCCGUUGUGUCGCCGAUCCAUAUUGCGGUUGGGAUAAAGAUGCUGGCAUUUGCAAGCCAUAUCAAUUGGGUUUACUGCAGGAUGUUGCCAACGAAACAUCCGGCAUUUGUGAUACCAGUGUUUUAAAGAAACGUAUUACAGCUUCAUAUGGCCAAACAUUACAUUUGUCAUGUUUUGUUAAAGUUCCAGAAGUUCUAAAACAAAAAACAGUUAGAUGGUAUCAUCAUUCAACAGAAAAAGGACGUUAUGAAAUUGGCUAUACGCCCUCGAAAUACAUUGAAACAUCUGAGGGUGGUCUCGUUAUUAUAUCAAUUAAUGAAGGCGAUGGUGGACGCUACGACAGUUAUCUAGAUGGUACGCUGCUGUGCAGUUACAGUGUAAAUGUGGAUGCCCACAGAUGUACACCACCAUCGAAGAAAAACGAUUAUCAGAUUUACUCACAUUGGUGUAAUGAAUUUGAAAAAUAUAAAUCAGCCAUGAAGCAAUGGCAAGCCAAACAAGAGCAAUGUGGUAUGAAAGAGAAAACAGCUGGAAAGCAUAUGAAUGAUGUCUAUAGUAAUGAUAAACAUAGUCUGACCACAUGACAAACAAAACAAUUACUAAAGACUGACAUUUUUAAGCUUUUAAACGACAUAUUUCCAAUAUAUAUUUCUCUUUUUCAAUUCGGUUAAAAUUUAAUUUUGCAGAAAUAAAAAAAAAGAAAACUACAAAUUAUUCUGAAAAUUUUGGUUAACAUAAAUCUAAAAAUAAACCACAGCAGCAGCAAGGAAAGCAGCAGUAGUAAAAACUAAACAAAAUUGCGUGAAUAUGAAAAAACUGUUACAAGGAUUUUAAGCAUAAUUUCAAAUACACGAAAACAUAACUUUUUUAAUCUAAACAAAAUACAGGUUAGGUUUUUCUUUUUGCAUUUAUUAAGGAUUUUUGGCAACAGAAACACACACACAAAAAGGUUGAAACUGAAAAAAGAACAAAAAGGAAACAGUUAACACACCCACAACUACAAGUUACAGAAAGUUACUAAAUAAAUGAAAAACUCCUGCCACAGACAUUAAGUGAAAAAUAAUAAAAAAAAAUACAACUGAACAUAAAAUGGAUUUUAAAAGAAGCAAAUUUUAAUAUACAUAAUAAAAACAGAAAUACAAUGGUUUUAAAAAAACAGAAAACAAAAACAAAUACAGAUCAUAAAUUAAAAAAAAACAACAACAACAAGUUAUAGUUUUAUAACAAAUAAGAAAAACAAAUGUGAAAUAUCAUUUACACAAAAAAAUAAUAAUAAUAAUAAUAAAAACCUUGUAAAAAUAGAGCAAAUGAUUUAUUAAGAAUUACAUAAACCACCUACCACCUAACACAAAUAUAUGCUACAACAAUGUUUUUAAUUUUUUAUUUUUAAAUAAUUAAGUUUUUACU